GUGUAAUAUAGCGAAAAUUUCACCAUUUUCAAUUAAUUUUGCUUUCAUUUACGGAAAAUAAUAUUUUGAAAUAAAUGUAAAACGAGGUGAAACAAAACGUUGACAACGACGUUUAAUUUCAAAAAUUGUUUUGAAAUGGUAAACAAAGAACACAUUUUUUAGUGUUUUCAAUAUUUUUUGGAGAUAAAAGUGUUAAUCGUAUUCUUUACAUCAUGGAGAAUUCGUUUUUCGAGUAUCGUGAUAAAACUGAAAUGGGCAGUGAUUCAGAUUCCGAAAUUAUUGACAAUAGUUUGGUUGUAGCCCAACCUUUCUCAUCUGUAAAAACACCUAACUCUAAGAAUAGGACUGUAUUUGUAGCAGAAUCCGAAGAAUCUACUUCUGAUGAAACAGACCAAGAAGAUAAUGAACCGUUAUCUAAACUGAAGUCCGUGGUCGAAAGAAGCAGUGUUCAAAACCAGCAUGUAGUUUUAAGCAGCGAUGAUGAUGGUAGCAAUAGAGGUAGCAUUAGAAGGCAGUCUCCAUCUUCACCAAACAAAGUAGUUCUUAGCUCAUCAGAUGAAGAAGAAGAGGAAGUAUCCCCAGAGCUAGUACCAAGACGUCGGCCUCCGAUGAGGCCCAAGUCCAUCGACUCGAACUCCGACUCAUUAAUCGGACGCUUCAAAUCAAAGAAACGUAUGAUCCUCAUGGAUUCUGACACUGAAAAUUCUAUAGUUAUAGAACACGACAAAAACAGAAAAGUUAAAUGUUUAAAAGACACACCGCUAAAAAUUGAUAGUGGUAAAAAAGUUGCUAUUGCAAACAGUGAUGACAAUAUGAGCGGGGAUGAUGAGAGUGAUGAAGCUAGUACUGGGGACGAUGAAGACAAUGAUGAGGACGAAAAUGGCGAUGAUGAUGAUGAUGAUGACGGGCCUGACGAGGAUCAGAUGGUGAUGUCGCGAGCGACGCGGAUGAGUAUCAUGGGCAUCGCACCGAGGAAUGGUGACAGCGAUGAUGAAUCUGACUUUAUACAGUCUGAUGAUAGCAAACCAAAUUCCCGUGUUGGUUCCGCGUGCAGUUUCAACGAUUUGCCUGACGUCAGUACGUGUAUACGAAAAUCUCAAAAAGCAGACCAAAAAGAAAAUAAACCUGACGAAGAAGAAAAUUGCUCCGAUGCAGAGCAAGACACGUCUAGGCUCACUUGUUCCCCAUUCACUAGUCCAUUGAAGGAUAUCACCAACGAUGGAAAUAAGAAUACAAACAGCCAAAACAUUUCUAUAAUAGAUUUGGAUUUGAAAGAAAAUGACUCUCAAGAACUGAAAAAUAAGGUCCUAAGUAACUUGGUACAAGAGCAUUCAUACAACAAGAAUGCUCCGGAUGACGACGAUGACGUCACUAUCAUUGAUAGCAAGCCGGAAAUUAUAGCGCUGAGCAGCGAUGACGAGGAUGUGACCACGGAAAAAAAGUCGCCGACCCUCAAAAAGUCGCCCAGCAUCAAGAAGUCGCCCAAAGCGAAAGACGAAGACACCUCGAGCCAGAGCCGCAAUGGGAACCCGUCUAUCAAGCAGUUCCUGGCGCCGGCCAGCUAUCCCAACCAGGUGGUGUACGUCAAGAAGCACGUGCGGGAAAACGAGCUCAGCAAGCUUAACAGCUUGAAGGAGGACCUGCACAACAUUAGGAAUCUGCUGGAAAACAUGGACGUCAGCACAUUACCGGACGGUGGCGUCCGGCUCAUAGAAAGAUUGUCCGCGCUGGAGGGAGAAGUUCGCCGCCAGGGGGACAAGGUGGCCAAUAUGCUGGUCGAGCCAGCCAUGGCGACCCACAUGGCGGAGCGUAACUUAAUCCUGGACCGUCUGCGUAUCUUACACGAGUCGCUGGCCACGCGGCCGCCGGAGCAGGCGCAGGCCUCCGCCCCCGCCGCGCUGCGCUCCAGCCUCAUGCCGCACCAGCGCCACGCGCUCGCCUGGCUGCGCUGGCGGGAGACGCAGCGCCCCUACGGCGGGAUCCUGGGUGAGUCCAUCCUACACGAGGCGCUCCAGCCUCAUGCCGCACCAGCGCCACGCGCUCGCCUGGCUGCGCUGGCGGGAGACGCAGCGCCCCUACGCCUCAUGCCGCACCAGCGCCACGCGCUCGCCUGGCUGCGCUGGCGGGAGACGCAGCGCCCCUACGGCGGGAUCCUGGGUGAGUCCAUCCUACACGAGGCGCUCCAGCCUCAUGCCGCACCAGCGCCACGCGCUCGCCUGGCUGCGCUGGCGGGAGACGCAGCGCCCCUACGGCGGGAUCCUGGGCGCUCCAGCCUCAUGCCGCACCAGCGCCACGCGCUCGCCUGGCUGCGCUGGCGGGAGACGCAGCGCCCCUACGGCGGGAUCCUGGGUGAGUCCAUCCUACACGAGGCGCUCCAGCCUCAUGCCGCACCAGCGCCACGCGCUCGCCUGGCUGCGCUGGCGGGAGACGCAGCGCCCCUACGGCGGGAUCCUGGGCGCUCCAGCCUCAUGCCGCACCAGCGCCACGCGCUCGCCUGGCUGCGCUGGCGGGAGACGCAGCGCCCCUACGGCGGGAUCCUGGGUGAGUCCAUCCUACACGAGGCGCUCCAGCCUCAUGCCGCACCAGCGCCACGCGCUCGCCUGGCUGCGCUGGCGGGAGACGCAGCGCCCCUACGGCGGGAUCCUGGGCGCUCCAGCCUCAUGCCGCACCAGCGCCACGCGCUCGCCUGGCUGCGCUGGCGGGAGACGCAGCGCCCCUACGGCGGGAUCCUGGGUGAGUCCAUCCUACACGAGGCGCUCCAGCCUCAUGCCGCACCAGCGCCACGCGCUCGCCUGGCUGCGCUGGCGGGAGACGCAGCGCCCCUACGGCGGGAUCCUGGGCGCUCCAGCCUCAUGCCGCACCAGCGCCACGCGCUCGCCUGGCUGCGCUGGCGGGAGACGCAGCGCCCCUACGGCGGGAUCCUGGGUGAGUCCAUCCUACACGAGGCGCUCCAGCCUCAUGCCGCACCAGCGCCACGCGCUCGCCUGGCUGCGCUGGCGGGAGACGCAGCGCCCCUACGGCGGGAUCCUGGGCGCUCCAGCCUCAUGCCGCACCAGCGCCACGCGCUCGCCUGGCUGCGCUGGCGGGAGACGCAGCGCCCCUACGGCGGGAUCCUGGGUGAGUCCAUCCUACACGAGGCGCUCCAGCCUCAUGCCGCACCAGCGCCACGCGCUCGCCUGGCUGCGCUGGCGGGAGACGCAGCGCCCCUACGGCGGGAUCCUGGGCGAUCCAGCCUCAUGCCGCACCAGCGCCACGCGCUCGCCUGGCUGCGCUGGCGGGAGACGCAGCGCCCCUACGGCGGGAUCCUGGGUGAGUCCAUCCUACACGAGGCGCUCCAGCCUCAUGCCGCACCAGCGCCACGCGCUCGCCUGGCUGCGCUGGCGGGAGACGCAGCGCCCCUACGGCGGGAUCCUGGCGCCACGCGCUCGCCUGGCUGCGCUGGCGGGAGACGCAGCGCCCCUACGGCGGGAUCCUGGGUGAGUCCAUCCUACACGAGGCGCUCCAGCCUCAUGCCGCACCAGCGCCACGCGCUCGCCUGGCUGCGCUGGCGGGAGACGCAGCGCCCCUACGGCGGGAUCCUGGGUGAGUCCAUCCUACACGAGGCGCUGGCCACGCGGCCGCCGGAGCUGAGGCCUAGGAUGAACCUAAGGGGGAUACCUCACGCGCUCGCCUGUCUGCGCUGGCGGGAGACGCAGCGCCCCUACGGUGGGAUCCUGGCCGAUGACAUGGGUCUGGGCAAGACAAUCACGAUGAUCUCGCUGAUCCUCACCGACAAGGAGGCGAACAUCGAUGACGACGACGACGACGAGGAAGAAAGGGGAAAAAACAAAAUGACGCGCGGCGGCACUUUAGUAGUGUGCCCGGCGUCUCUCAUGCAGCAGUGGGCGGGUGAAGUGACGUCACACUGCACGCCGCAUGCGUUGUCGGUGUGCUUACAUCACGGAGCCGCCCGCGCUGCCCAGCCGCACCGUCUGGCUUCUAGCGACCUCGUCGUCACCACGUAUAAUAUCCUGCAGCGAGACGCCGAGAAGAAUGGAGUUCUGAUGCGUGUACGCUGGCGGCGCGUGAUCCUAGACGAGGCGCACAUCGUGCGUAACCACAAGGCCGCCACGUCUCUGGCCGUCAGCGCGCUGCCCGGCCGCCGCCGCUGGUGCCUCACGGGCACCCCCGUGCAGAACAAGGACCUGGACCUCUUCGCGCUCAUGAAGUUCCUGCGCGUCACGCCCUUCGACGACCUCGCCAUGUGGAAAAAAUGGAUCGACAACAAAAGCCAAGGCGGGCAGGAGCGUCUCAGCACGAUUAUGCGCUGCAUCCUGCUGCGACGCACCAAGCAACAGCUGCAGGACGCCGGCCAGCUGGCCUGCCUGCCGCCGCGCUCCGCCCACCAGCGGCCCGUCACGCUCGCGCCGCAGGAGAUGCAGGUCUACCAGAAGGUGCUGGUGUUCUCCAAGACGCUGUUCGCUCAGUUCCUGCACCAGCGCGCGGAGAAGCAAGCGGACGCGGGCGGUUUUGUGCCUCCUGAGAAGGACUCCGCCUACGCCGCCAUGCACAAGAAGAUGAUCGCGCUGCAAGGCGCAAAACCGGUCAAAUCCCACGAGAUCCUGGUGCUCCUGCUGCGACUGCGGCAAGUGUGCUGCCACUGCGGACUCAUCGCGAGCAUGCUCGACGCAGAGGGAGCGGGCAGCGACGACCCGGCCGGCGCCGACCUGCUGGCCGAGCUGGACAAGCUCACGCUCGAUGACGCCCGGGCUGGCAGGGAGGUCAGUAGUGCGCCAAAGGGAGCGGGCAGCGACGACCCGGCCGGCGCCGACCUGCUGGCCGAGCUGGACAAGCUCACGCUCGAUGACGCCCGGGCUGGCAGGGAGGUCAGUAGUGCGCCAAGUGUGCUGCCAUGCGGACUCAUCGCGAGCAUGCUCGACGCAGAGGGAGCGGGCAGCGACGACCCGGCCGGCGCCGACCUGCUGGCCGAGCUGGACAAGCUCACGCUCGACGACGCCCGGGCUGGCAGGGAGGUCAGUAGUGCGCCAAAGGGAGCGGGCAGCGACGACCCGGCCGGCGCAGACCUGCUGGCCGAGCUGGACAAGCUCACGCUCGACGACGCCCGGGCUGGCAGGGAGGUCAGUAGUGCGCCAAAGGGAGCGGGCAGCGACGACCCGGCCGGCGCAGACCUGCUGGCCGAGCUGGACAAGCUCACGCUCGACGACGCCCGGGCUGGCAGGGAGUGCGCCAAGUGUGUGCCAUGCGGGCUCAUCGCGAGCGUACUGCAGCCGAGGCCGCGCCUGCUGGCCGAGCUGGACAAGCUCACGCUCGAUGACGCCCGGGCUGGCAGGGAGCCGAGGCCGCGCCUGCUGGCCGAGCUGGACAAGCUCACGCUCGACGACGCCCGGGCUGGCAGGGAGGGCCGAGACAACAAGGAGAAUGAGGAUGAAGGUCCUGAAGAGAGCACGACCGUGGCCGAAGCCAUCCGCUCUGUAUUAGCGCCCAAUAACCCGGUGUUUGACCUGGCGCGCCAGUCCUCCAAGAUCAAAGCCGUCAUGGACUGCCUCAGGGAAAACGUCUUCAAGAAUAAAGAUGAGAAAGCAGUAGUUGUGUCGCAGUGGACGUCAGUGCUCCGACUAGUGGAGCAGGAACUCAAGCGCAUGAAGAUCCGCAGCGUGACUCUGAGCGGGAACGUGCCCGUGGGCGCGCGCCCGCCGCUCAUCGCCGCGCUCAACCAGCCCGGCUCCGGAGUCCAGGUAAUGCUGCUAUCGCUGUGCGCUGGCGGCGUGGGCCUCAACCUGUGCGGAGCGAACCACCUGCUGUUACUGGACCCGCACUGGAACCCGCAGCUGGAGCAGCAAGCGCAGGACCGCAUCUACCGCGUGGGGCAGAAGAAGCACGUGCACAUAUACAGGUUCAUGUGCGUGGAUACAGUAGAGCAGAGCAUCCGCAAGCUGCAGGAAGCCAAACUGGAACUGGCCGAGAACGUUCUGACGGGCGCCAAGCACACCAACUCCAAGCUGUCCAUCGACGACCUCAAACUGCUCUUCAAUAUGGGGCAGCCUGGCUCUUAGUCAAGUGGGGCUAUAAUAUGAGGCAGCUUGAUGCUUAAUGCCCUUCUGCAGGCUAAUACUAUGGUCAAUAUAGGGCAGCCUGGCUCUUAACCCGCUCCUAUAGUGUAAAAUACGGUAGUUGACACCACUAGUCAAUCGACAUACUUUAUUAGCUGUUACUUUUUAUAAUACGCCACUCUCCUACACAUUUUGGAUAGGCAAUAGCAAAGGUAAAAGAACUUAAUUGAUUUUAAAGCUAUGUAUUUUACAGCAAACUGAAAACUAACUGCUUUCAGGGCAACAAUGUUUUGUUAGAUGAUUAUUGUGUUAUUAUAAGUAAUGGUGUCAACUACCCAAUUGAUUGAUCCAAUUCUAAAACACCUCACUGCGUAGGAUUCCCAAGCGAUAGAAAGUAUCUUACAAAGGAAUUCUUGGUCUUUUAUAAUGUUUUUCGAACGCCUCCCGGCUUGGGGCGAUUCCAAUGGGAACCUUCCGACUUACUUAAAUCUUCCCACCGUUUACUAACCCAAUUACAGAGCUUUUAAGAUAAUGUAAAUAUUAUAUUAAUAUAGUGCCAUAAAAUAAUAUGUAAAAUGAAAAAUCCUUUGAUGCUCUCUUAUUUUAAUAACUCUUAAAAAUGACAUGUAAUAGUAACUCCAUUCCAGUUAGUAAUUGACCCACAGCAAUUUUAAUUUUAUAAAUGACAAUAACUGUAAAUAUUUUAAUGAAUAAUUCUAGUUAAACUUUAGAAAUGUUAAUUGAAUCUCACGGCCUCAGUUUGUCCACAAAGAUAUUUUCAUUUCAUCAUAAAAUAGUUUAAGUGAUAUAUUAUGAGGUCGUUUGUCUGCGAGUGUAUCAAACUAGCGCCGCGGUUAUAUUUUAACGUUGAUCUUUGCUCCGAGGAAUUGUUACAAAUUGGCCGCGCGCUAACUCGGCCCAUGAGCCGGUUCAUUACGAUGUUAUAAUAGGAAUAAAUGUCUUGCAAAUGAGUGUCGUAAUUUCGUCCUAUGUUAAUGAAUAUUUUGAAUAAUGAUAGCAAAUAUUUUAAGACAAGUUUAAAAUAUAUUAUGUUAAUUUGUUUAUA